UAUAAGGCAAAUAGAAAUGAGUCAUGCGCCUCGGUCAAACGAUACUAUAGUAGAAUCUAUAUAGUUUGAUUGCUAUUGUGAAGACUGAAGUUUCAAGUUCACAAAUUUCAAUACUAUGACCUAGUACAACUUAAACAAGUGAAAAUAUUAUUUCCUAAUUUAACAUUACUAGAACCACUAAAUAGGUUUAUUUUUUUUAGUACAAAUACUUGUAAAUUUUAAGUUUGAAUAUUUAAAACUAUGGAGGAAGACAAUUCUUUUUCUAGCAGAUUCACCAAAAAGUCUCAACAAAUGCCCUUAUAUCCUGUUGGAAUAUUGGGAUUUGGAUUAGUAGCAGCCUAUGGACUUUAUAAAUUUAAGUCUCGCCAGGGGCGUACAUCUUUGUACCUUAUUCAAUUAAGGUUAGCAGCUCAAGGAACAGCUGUAGGAAUCAUUGGAAUAGGUGUCCUAUAUAAUAUCAUUAAUGAAGCAAUGUCAAAAAAAAGCUAAAUUUAAACAUAUGAUUUGUUAGUAAAAUGUUUUA